AUGCAUCCGAUCGUCGAUCCGGCGCAACCGGCAGCCCGCACACGCCUACCAACACCACUACCAGAUGUCCAGAAAGAGUACGAUUUCAUUAUCGUCGGAGGAGGUAACGCCGGUGCUACAUUAGCCAAUCGGUUGUCCGAGGUUUCUCAUUGGAAGAUUCUACUGAUAGAGGCCGGAGGAACGGAUAACUUUUUAUCGGAAAUCCCAUUUAUGGCGGCGUACCUUCAAUCAACGGCGCUUAAUUGGAAUUUCAUUUCAGAAAAGCAAGAAGGCAGUUGUUUAGGGAUUAUAAACGAAACAUGCCCCAUGCCCAGGGGCAAAGGGCUUGGAGGUAGCACACUAAUCAAUUACAUGAUCUAUAACCGUGGUAACCGUGCAGAUUUCGAUGGUUGGGCAGCUGCAGGCAAUGAAGGGUGGUCUUACAAUGAUGUGUUACCGUACUUUAUGAAAUCCGAGCGCGUUACCUUUCAGGAUACUAACAAAAAGCCUAAGCAUGGAAAGCGUGGUCCAGUGAAUGUGGAAUAUGUCGCAUACCGAUCUCGACUUGUGCAUGCGUUCGUUAAAGCAAACGAACAGCUCGGUCGCAGUAUAGUGGACUAUAAUGGCGAUUCUCAGCUUGGCGUUGAUUAUCUUCAAGCCACAACUAAACGUGGUAAAAGAGUAACUUCAGCAUCAGCAUAUCUCAAAUCCAGCCAAAACCGAAAGAAUUUACACAUUCUCACAAAAGCCAGAGCAACGAAAGUUUUAAUCAAUUCUAAAACAAAAGUUACAACUGGUAUCGAAUUUUUAUGGCAAAAGCAAAUGCAUCAAGUCCAUGCGAAAAAAGAAGUAAUACUAUCAGCGGGUACGAUCCAAUCACCUCAACUUCUUAUGCUAUCCGGUGUAGGUCCAAAGGAGCAUCUCGAAGAGCUCGGCAUUCCGGUCUUGAUCGAUUCCCCAGUCGGAAAAUCUAUGUAUGAUCACUUGUGUCUCACAUCGCUGGUAUUUUUGACUAACACUACAAUGGAUUUCUUUGAUACUGAUCGGUUGGGAGUAGGAGAUGUGCUGCAGUAUACGCACGGAAAAGGAACACUCACCGUCCCAGGUGCACUUGAAGCUUUAGCAUUUAUUAAAACUGAAACUUCCAGCGGACCAUCUGAUGUUCCUGACAUUGAAUUGCUGUUCCUCGGUGGCUCUCCUGCAUCCGACUAUGGUACGGGUUCGGUCCGUGGCUUCUUCUGGAAACAAGAGAUCUAUGAUACAGUUUUCAAACCAACUGAACAUAAAGAUCAAUUUACUAUUGCCGUUAUGCUAUUCCAUCCCAAAUCGAAGGGUUACAUACGACUAAAAGACAGCAAUCCUCUUCAUUGGCCACUGAUAUAUCACAACUUCUUAACCGAACCGGAAGAUUUAGCUACAAUGAUUCAAGGAAUAAAGGAAGCAUUGCGAUUAAUUGAAACACCAGCCAUGAAGGCGAUAGGAGCUUAUAUCAACGAAACGCCGAUACCUACAUGUGCUAGAUUUCAAUUCGGAACGGACAGCUAUUGGGAAUGUUUGUUACGAUCGCUGGCAAACACCCUGCACCAUCAAGUGAGUACUUGUCGCAUGGGUCCAGAAAACGAUCCAGAAGCCGUGGUAUCCCCGAAGCUUCAAGUAUACGGAGUACAAAAUUUGCGAGUCGUUGACGCCAGCGUUAUGCCAUACGUCCCAACAGGUCACACACAGGCACCGGUUUACAUGAUAGCAGAAAAGGCUGCAGAUAUGAUAAAAGACCACUGGAAUUGGGGAAAAGAGCUCAAGAAUGACGACUGA